GGGGAGGGAGCAGCGGGGGGCCGGGGCCCUUUAAAACGAGGCCCGCGGGUGCCUGCCCCUUUAAGGGAAGGGCGUCCAGACGACAGAAUCUGAGCCCCAGAUUACCCCGAGUCUCCGUCACAGGCUGCAAGAAAAGGCUCCUUCGCUGGGUCCGGGUGCUUGGCGGCGGCGGUUUCACCCCCGCUGGUCCUCCCCGGGCCCGGAGACACCCCCGCCCCAGUCAUGCUGAGCAGAGUAUGGAAGCAGCUGACCACGAAGUGCUAUCCGUGCGAGAGCAGCUAUUCCACGAGAGGGUCCGCGAGUGCAUUAUCUCAACACUUCUGUUUGCGACACUCUACAUCCUCUGCCACAUCGCCCUGACCCACUUCAAGAAGCCUGCUGAGUUCACCACAGCGGAUGAUGAAGAUGCUACAGUCAACAAGAUUGCGCUCGAGCUGUGCACCUUCACCCUGGCAGUCGCCCUGGGUGCUGUCCUGCUCCUGCCCUUCUCCAUCAUCAGCAACGAGGUGCUGCUCUCACUGCCUCGGAACUACUACAUCCAGUGGCUCAACGGCUCCCUCAUCCAUGGCCUCUGGAACCUCGUUUUCCUCUUCUCCAACUUGUCCCUCAUCUUCCUCAUGCCCUUUGCAUAUUUCUUCACUGAGUCUGAGGGCUUCGCUGGCUCCAAAAAGGGUGUCCUGGCCCGGGUCUACGAGACGGUGGUGAUGCUGAUGCUCCUCACUCUGCUGGUGCUGGGAAUGGUGUGGGUGGCGUCAGCCAUCGUGGACAACAAUAAGGCCAGCAGGGAGUCCCUCUAUGACUUCUGGGAGUACUACCUCCCCUACCUCUACUCCUGCAUCUCCUUCCUCGGGGUCCUGCUGCUCCUGGUGUGCACUCCGCUAGGUCUCGCCCGCAUGUUUUCGGUCACUGGGAAGCUGCUGGUCAAGCCCCGGCUGCUGGAGGACCUGGAGGAGCAGCUGCACUGCUCAGCCUUUGAGGAGGCAGCUUUGACCCGCAGGAUUUGCAGUGAGACGCAGCUCUUCCCAGUUGGGAUGGUGAGCGUGGCUUGGGCAGGGCCUGUGCAGGACUUGGGGACAGCACCGUCUUCUCUGCCCUCAGAUCCCACUUCCUGCUGGCUGCCCUUGGACAUGGAACUGCUGCACAGACAGGUCCUAGCUCUGCAGACACAGAGGGUCCUGCUGGAGAAGCGGCGGAAGGCUUCAGCCUGGCAGCGGAACCUGGGCUACCCGCUGGCCAUGCUGUGCUUGCUGGUACUGACGGGUCUGUCUGUGCUCAUUGUGGCCAUCCACAUCCUGGAGCUGCUCAUCGAUGAGGCUGCCAUGCCCCGGGGCAUGCAGGGUGCCUCCCUGGGCCAGGUCUCCUUCUCCAAGCUGGGCUCCUUUGGUGCCGUCGUUCAGGUUGUACUCAUCUUUUACCUGAUGGUUUCCUCGGUCGUGGGAUUCUACAGCUCUCCACUCUUCUGGGGACUGCGGCCCAGAUGGCAUGACACAGCCAUGACACAGAUAAUUGGGAACUGUGUCUGUCUCCUGGUCCUAAGCUCAGCACUUCCUGUCUUCUCUCGAACCCUGGGGCUCACUCGUUUGGACCUUCUGGGUGACUUUGGACGCUUCAACUGGCUGGGCAAUUUCUACAUCGUGUUCCUCUACAACGCAGCCUUCGCGGGCCUCACCACUCUCUGUUUGGUGAAAACCUUCACCGCAGCUGUGCGGGCAGAGCUGAUCCGAGCCUUUGCCCACCCUGCCUCUUCCGCAGGGCUGGACAGACUGCCGUUGCCGGUCUCCGGUUUCCCCCGGGCAUCUAGGAAGACCCAGCACCAGUGACCUCCAGCUGGGGAUGGGAGGGAGAAAACUGGACACUGCCAUCUGCUGCCCACGCCUGGAGGGGUGCCCAGGGGUGGGUGGACCUCAGGACCUGGAAUCUGAGAGGGUGGGUGGAAGAGGGGAGCUGAGCUGUCUGCACUGUUGCAUCAUCUGAGCCAGAGUUUGGGACCAGGCCCCCCUGCUUUUCCAGAUUUAACUGUGGGCCCCAGCGUGAGGUGGGGCUGGGUGACUGGGCCUGGCUCCUGGUCCCAAAUUCGUUUACACGUCAAUCUGCCUCACUGCUGUUCCGGGCCAUGCCCAUAGCCAUGUUUACAUGAUUUGAUGUGCAAUAGGGUGGG